AUACGUCUAGGUAGCACUGCCAACAACACACAAUAAAUUACCUACCAUACAGUUUUAUUGACAGCGUUCUUCAUUCGACUAAUUCCGUCCGCGAACACUGUUUUUCAUUGUUUUCAUAUAAAAUGUAUUUGCAUAAGCGUCUCGACGAGACCCAACUGGAAUUUGUGACCAAACAAGAUUACUAUCGGACUGACGAACAACUCGACGAGGAUGUCACGAUGCUCAUAGAAUGGAUGUCUAAACAGCCGCACUUGCCCGAAAUAUCAGGUAAGUUGGAGAGGAGGGGACGAGAAUCCGGGAAGUACGGUUAUCCAUUGCUAACGAAAAACGAUUCUCAACGAUAUUCGGCUAUACAUGUUUUGAAAAACCGUUAUAUUUACGAUUUAAAAUCAAAGUUUGAAAAUAAAAAUCAUAAAAAAAAAAAAAAUAUUACAUUAAUCUAAAUUUUUUUGAUAACUUAUUUUCAAGUAUUACAUUUCUGUUGGGUCUAAAAAUUUUAAAAACACUCGCAAAAUUAAAAUGUCUAUAAAAAUCUCAAAAAUAAAUCAAAUACCUAACUUUAAAAUGUUGCCACGACUAGAAAAGCCAAAUAUAAGGUUUUUGUCUAAAUGUUAAGUCUCUGCGAAUAUGUUUAACUGAUUUACAUUGUACAAGCAAAAUUAAAGAUAAUAAAACAAUUAUUUUCGUAAAUUAUUCCGUUCUUUCUAUGCACUUUUUGUUUUUCUCAAUUGUUAAAAAAACUACAAAUAAAAUCAAAAAAUACUCUCUUGAUUAUCAACUAUAUUAAACGCACAACAAAGAUUAACUUAUUUUGAUUUUCUAUUUGAGCAAUUUUUCUAGUAGAAAACAUAAGCCGUACAUUUUUAAAAUAAAGAAAUUCUAGCGCCAUAUAAUUAUCGGUUUUCAUUUUACGAUUUUUUCCGAUUUUUCCUGAUUAUUAAUAAAACUACAAAGAAAAUUGAAAUACGAAUAACUUUCUCGUGAACUGGAUUAAAAAUUCAAACAAAAAAAUGCAAUUACCGUUUAUCUGUCUGAGCAAUAUUUAUGAUAGAAAACACAAGUCGUAAACAUUUAUAAAAAUGAAAUCGUACCGUAAUUUGAGAAAAAAAAAUCGUAUAUUUUGUUUUGUUUUUUUUUUUUUUUUUUUUUGGUUUAUCUCAAUUAUUGCGAAAUCCACAUUGGUUAUUGAAAAGCUCUGCGGUGGCGAAAUAUUAAAAGUGAUGAAAUCGACGGCUCCCAUAGAUCGGAGCAAUAUUUGUGGUACUAAACAUUAUGUUAACAUGAAAACGGUAACACCGCGGCACGCCGUAAAUGCAUACAGUUUUUUCUACGAUUUUCUUUCGGGUUUUUCCCAAUCAGCGGUGUAUUUGGGGUUAUACGCCGGGCGUACGCUCAAUACGCUGUUUUUGUCCACGGCGUAUGGCUUAUGAUGAAUCGACGACACGCGGGUAUACGGUCGCAUCCAUCGUGUAUACCGUAUGAAAAUUAUAAAUACCUAUUAUACAUUUACAUGGAUUAUUGUAAAAUACAUUUUGAUGAGCGCGAAUUUGAAUACAGGGGGUGACACGUAACACGAAGAUUUACUUCUUUUGUUUUUUUUUUUUUUUCUACGAAAAAUUAUUGUUAUUUAAAAAUUAAGGUUUCGUUAUCAGUCUUGUUAUCAAGCAUUCAUUAUCAAAUUAUCCAUAAAGUAAAUAUGUUGUGGGAGGGGAUUUCGGUCGACCAAAUCUCACUGUCAUCUAUCAUAAUAUUUAAUACAUAUUUGAAUUCUUACUGUGAUAACUCAUUGAGUGAUGAAUAACGAUAAUAUUAUACAUAAUAUUUUACUAAUAUAUUUCGUACAUUUUCCCGUUUUUUUUUUUUCUUUGGGUUUUUUUUUUUUUUUUUGGUACUUUACAUUUCAUGGGAAAACCCCUGAGGAAAUUUAAAAAUAACCUCAUUAAAGUACCUCCCCACACCGAUUUCCUUUCAGAAAAGUUGCUACACGUCAAAUAAGAGCUUGUCCUCUAGUAGAAAAGUUGUCCACAAAAAAAAAUAAAUAAAAUAAACAUCUUCGUAAAACCGUAAGCUUCUUCGCUCCACUCAGAAUCUAAAAUCACAAAUAUAAUAUUUUAAAAAUCGAUAAAAUGUUUUGAAAAUUUUACCACUUUUAGAAAAUAUAAGUUAUCUGUCAAAUUCUUAAGAAUUUAGGGACAUUUUUAAUUGAAUGUAAAAUUUAAUAUUGAUUAACGUUAGUAUUUACGCCACCGUGUAUAAGUAUAUGUAAUAUCUAUUGCGUUUAUAAUAUACCGAAAUAUUUAUCGUCAAAAACUUUUUAAGCUCCGUUAACGUUAUCAUAAAUUGAAUUGUAUUUUUUUUCAGUGUUAUGAAUUUUCAAAAACUAGUUUUGCGCCAUAUUUUAAAUAUAAAACAUUUAUUUUGAAUUGAAUGUUUUAGAUUUUGUUGUGGAUAUAAUUAACAAAUUUUAAUGUUAUUGUCUAAUGUUUAAGACGUAUUUUUUUUGCAUAUUUAUUAAAUUUGUUUCCAUAAUUUACUUUAAAUUUUUGUUGAUAUUAUUUUAUUUUUUUUUUAUAUAUAUACAUAUUACGAGUUGUUUAAAUAUUUUGUUUGAUUUAACUUAUAGUACUUCCAGGUUCUAUAUAUUUAUAAUUGUUCACAGAUAGAAAAUGGUUAUCACAUUUUAUCGUCGGAUGUAAGUAUAACUUGCGCAGAGCCAAACAGACUAUGGAUGCAUAUUUCGUAUCCCGAGCGGAAUAUCCUGAAUUAAUUUGUACGUUCGACUACGAAUAUUUAAAAGAAAAAAUGAAAACAGGGCAAGUUUUUAUUAUUUUUGACUUAUAAUAAAAAUGCGUUGUAAAGUAUUAGUGUAAUUUAUACUUUGAAAUAAUAUUAAAAUAAUUAAUGUAUUAACGAGAACAAAUAUAAUUUUGUUCCUAUGUACGGUUUUCAAGGUUUUUACUUUAAGGUCGCGUUUUAAUUUUUGUCUGUGAUUUUACCUGAUGAAGAAUUUUUAAUUAAUUCGAAACCGGUGGUACAAUGAAAAUAUCAUAAUACUCUAAGCGAUACAUCCAUUUGUUUAUUUGUUCAUUUAUUUAUUUAUUUAUAUAUUUUGUAUUGAUAUUUUUUAUUUUAAAAAUUAUAUCAUAAAAACUUUUUUUUUUUUACUUUUAUUAAAUUAAAAUAUAUUUCGCAUUUAUUAUUCUUACAGAAUAUCUGUUGUGCUUCCAAAGUUGACACCGCAGGCUAACCGGGUGGUAAUAGUCAAUAUAAAGCCAAUAGAAAAUCAUGUAAAAUUGGACUUUUCACUCUUAAUCAAACUGUCCAUUAGCUAUUUAGAUUUGUAUGUAAUGGAAGAGCCUUUGCGAGGGGCAGUUUUAGUGCUUGACAUAAAACACCUGCCCUUGGGUCAAUUCAUGAACAUAGAGCCUACUCAGAUCAAAACUUUCAUAAAAAUGACUUUAGUGAGUAUAUUGUGGACUUUUGUUUUAUUAAUACCGUGAUCUCGUUUUACGGUGAGUAUAGUGAGCAACAAUUUGUACUAUAAACAAUUGCAUCUAACAAUGUCUGUAAUUUAUAAUAUCGAUGUUAUUAAUUUUAAAGACGAUACAGUGAUAAAAUCGUAUCACUGAUUUAAAUUAAAAACACGAUUUCCAGUGUAGAACUAAUAAACUACAGUACACUUAAGAGGUUAUCUGGCGAUAUAAAAAAAAUAUAGAGACAGUAAUUUAAAAUCUGUUAUAUUAGGAUUAAAUACUGGAAGAGAGAACUUAUAGUUAUGAUGUUGUUUUCGAAAGUAUUUCGUAGCACGGAGUUCAUCGUAGUUUGAAAAAUACUAUGAAAAAAACAUGAUAAUCCAUAUUUUGUUAGAAUUAUGUACAUUAUUUUUUUAAAAUAACAUUCGUUCGACGGUAAAUUAAUCAAUAAAUUAAUAUGCAAAAAUUUUAUUAAAAUUACCUAUUUCGGUAUUUAAUAAAUUUUCAGGAUAAAUCUGAUAUGAAAUAUUGUAUUUUAUUUUACAGAACUCGUUCCCGAUAAGCUUGAAGGGCAUCCACUUUAUAAACCCGCCAUCAUUCAUUGGCCAAGUUAUCACUUUCUUGAAAAUGUUUUUACCGAACAAAAUCAAAAAUAGGGUAAGUUGAAAUAUUGUGUUUACACAUCACCAUCACAAAUUGUCCACAAGGAUUUUUAUAAAUAUUAUUAAAAAAUAUGGCAUGUGACGCCAUAUAAUUUUUACGAAUCAUAAUCACCUAGACAUUCAUACGUUCUAUAGGGAAUGUUACUUUGCAGAGUGUAAACACUACAAGGGUCUAGCUAGACACAGCACCUCCAAGCAGUUUGCUCAUCACAAAUUCCCGAUGUCAUAGACUAUAAUACCGAGGAAAAUCAUACCUCUUAAAAUUAUCCACUUGAAGAACGACUUCUUUAGGAUAAUCAUUAUUCCUAAUUCAUUAAUGGUAUGAUUAUUCUAGGAAAGUUACCCCCGUUACAUCAUCUUAGAAGUGAAAUAUAUACUACGAUUUACGGAGUAUGAUAAUCCUAAGAUUAUCGUACUGUGAAAUGUAUGCUAACCUUGGGAUAAGAUUUUCUUGUUAUACGGUCAUAAAGUUUACUUGUUAACAUGUUUGUACGGCUGCUAUCUAUGUAUAAAAAAAAAUGUACAGUACUUUUAAUAAUUGCUAACAUUCAAAAACGUUAUUUAGUUUUACUGCGUCCGGUAUAAACUUAUAUUAAGUACAUUAUUGAUAUUGAUGCAUUUUGCAAGUUGACAAUAUUUGUCCCGCGUAGUAAGAUAAAAUGUACACUAUUAUUGUCAGUAAAUGUUACAUUAGAUAUGAUUUACAUGAAACUUGUUGGCCGAUGACCACUUUAUCAUAUACGAUACGCGCCGUUUUAUAAUCGUUUAGAUUCCGAGCAUAGUGAGGGAGCUAUUGGUUUUACAAUGCUGUUUAUUACUUUGUUUGUUCUAGCCUGUGGGUCUGUUUUUUCCUAGUAAACUUGCUUCGAUUUUUACGUUUAGCAAUUUUUCUGAAAGCUCAAGUUGUCUAAAUGGUACUUUAGACAGGUCAUUUUCGGUUGAUUUUCGACGCCAUUUUUUAAAUAAAAUCACUUAAGUGGGAAAAAACGUACAACGAUUUCAUUAUUUUAUAAAAACACGGUCAAUGUUUUCUACCAGAAAAACAUGGUUUAAUCGAAAAAUCACAAGACACCUUUGUUGUCUUUAUAAUUUACUUUCUUACGGUAUCAAAACCAAUGAGGCACUUUUGAUCUUUUAAGGAAUUUUAAUUUUUGGGAGUUUUUUUGUUGUAAUUCGGUUAUAAAUUCACGUAAAGACUUGACACUUAGUUAUAAUAUUUAUAUUGGACUCACCUAGAUGUGGUAAAAUUUCCAAAAUCAUUCGACAAAUUUUAUCUCUUUUUUUAAUAAUCGUUUUAAAAUCAAAUCUAAACGAAAAUAGCAAAAAAAAUUACGACACUUCAAGUUAUGUAUUACCCUAACUGCGCUCGGAAUCGUCUUACGUCAAGCAAUGGUUUAUCGUUGCUUACAGAUAUAAAUGAAAUAACCUUAUGCAUCUUACCUUCCCAACUUCUCACCCAUAACAGUGGCCGCUCCCAUCCCCAGUAUCAGCUUUUUUAACAUAUGCAUCUUUAAUAAAGACGCUGAUGUACUUAUCUAUAAGUAUUAUAAUCCACACCUCAAAUAACGGUAUUGCCUUACAAAUAAUAUCAUUAAUAUUGCGUUCUUUUAAAUUUUGUUUAUAGAUAUUCGUCCACGACACGCUGGAAAGUCUUCAACAAUUCGUUCCGAAAAAUGUUCUUCCUGACCAAUACGGUGGUACUGAUGGCGAUUUAGAUGAAAUAACACGUGAGUACCCACAAGUAUAAUAUUUGGAUAUUAUCAAACGUGGAGUUAACUAAGACAUUAUAAUGAACGUUAUUAAUAUUAUUGUCAUUGUUUGUUUUAAUAAUUUAGAAAAUUGGUUUGAAUAUUUUAAGUCCAAAGACGAAUUUCUUAGAAACAGACCGAUGGCCGAUUUGUCCAAACGGGUCAGCCAAACAAAAGUUAAUGAUUUCGGCGCGGAAGGUACAUUUAAAAAAUUAGAGAUCGAUUGAAACUAUUGUGUAGGUAUGUUGAAAUAUAAUAUAAGUUUAAAAAAGCGCAAUAAUUUAAAUUGUGAUACUUUGUAUCUAUUUUCUUUGAAUUGUAAAGCCCAACGUAUGUUGUCAUGAAUUGGAAUAGGUUAGUAAGACGAUACGCUACAUGAUAUAAUUAUAAUAAUAUUUCAAAGUAAUAUUCAAACGAGUUACUACCGUUACCACUAGAGUAAGAUUAUUGAAUGUCUUACUAUUUUGUAUUUUUGUAUUUGAGAUGUAUGUUAAGUCUUGGUAUAAUGUAACUUAAAUAAAAUAAUGUCCUUUUACAGGUAAAUUGUUUUUAAUUAUUAUUCCGUUUGUUAAUACAGUAGGCAUUUUAAUAUUUUAUUAUUCGGGUAAGUAGGAUAGAAUGUUUGUUCGGGUACGAGUGAUUUCAUCAGUCACCAUCAAAAUGAAUAAAAAUUCUGUUUAUGAUCAACACGGUUAUCACAAAAAGGUGAAUCAUAUAGCUCCCUAAGACCAGCUCUAAUAAUGAAACAAGGUUGCGAAGUAUUAAUUUAAUUUUUUCAUUCUUCACAAAUGUUAAAAUAUUUCAUCAUAUAAUAUCAUUAUAGCAUCUUCAAG